AUGGCUCUUGUGAGCGCAGCCGAUCCACAAACCUCCUAUGUUUCCAGUACUUCUGGAUAUUGUCGUUAUCACGUGUUCCUGAGUUUCAGAGGCCAAGACACUCGCAAGACUUUCACUGACCACCUCUACACGGCCCUUGUCAACGCCGGAUUUCGCACUUUCCGAGACUACGAUGAAGUCCAGAGAGGAGAAGGUAUCAAGCUCGAACUGCAGAAAGCAAUCAAACACUCACGAACUUCUGUCAUUGUGUUCUCGAAAGACUACGCGUCAUCCAGAUGGUGCCUUGACGAGCUGGUGAUGAUCCUUGAACGCAAGAGAAAGACCUCAAAUGACCAUGUCGUUUUGCCUGUCUUCUACGAUGUGUAUCCAUCCCAUGUAAAGAAGCAGACAGGAAGUCUUGCAAAGGCAUUUGCUGGACACCAAAAAACUCAACCGCUGCCGAAGGUGAAGGCAUGGAGAGAGGCACUUGCAGAGGUUGCAGAUCUGGCAGGGAUGGUCUUGCAAAAUCAAGCUCAUGGGUAUGAGUCAAAGUUCAUCAAGAAAAUAGUUAAAGUGAUUGGAGACAAACUAAGUCGCACACCAUUGAGUGUUGCUCCCAACUUGGUUGGAAUGCAUUCAGGAGUCGAAAGAAUUAAUUUCUGGUUACAACGGAGGUCAACUGAUGUUGGCAUACUUGUAAUCUAUGGGAUGAGUGGAAUAGGGAAAACAACCAUCGCAAAGACUGUUUACAAUUCAAACUUUAGAAUAUUUGAAGGAAGCAGCUUCCUUGAAAAUAUCAAAGAAGUUUCACAGCAACCCAAUGGCUUAGUUCAAAUACAAACACAACUUCUUUCUGAUAUUUUGAAUGGAAGAAAAAUGAAAAUAAGCAAUAUCAGUGAGGGAUUAAUUAAGAUUGAAGAUGCAAUAAGCUCUAAAAGGGUUCUUCUUGUUCUCGAUGAUGUGGAUCAUAUGGACCAAUUAGAUGCAGUAUUUCAAGUGAGAGAUCGAUUUUAUCCAGGAAGUAAAAUCAUCAUAACAACUAGGCGUGCAAGAUUGUUAAAGGCUCAUCAAAUUACUGAGGUGUAUGCAGUUGGAACUUUGACUCAAAAAGAAUCAUUGGAGCUCUUCAGUUGGCACGCUUUUGGCCAAGACCAUCCUGUUGAAGAUUACAAAGAAUAUUCAGAGAAGCUAGUCGAUCAUUGCGGAGGACUUCCAUUAGCUCUCAAAGUUUUAGGUUCUUCUUUGUUGGGGGAAAGUGUAUGUCUAUGGAAAAGUGCAUUGGAGAAGUUAGAAGUUAUUCCAAAUGGUGAAAUAAUAAAUAAACUAAGAGUAAGCUAUGACUGUUUGCAAGAUGACCAUGACCAAAAAUUAUUCCUCCACAUUGCUUGUUUCUUUAUCGGAAUGGACAAAGAUUACAUUGCUAAAAUACUAGAUGGAUGUGAUUUCUAUACAAUUGUUGGCAUUCAAAAUCUCAUCGAUAGAUGUUUGGUGAUUAUUGAUGGAUGGGACAAGGUGCAGAUGCAUGACCUGAUUCGUGGAAUGGGAAGAGAAAUUGUUCGCCUAGAAUCAAAGGAGCCUUGGAAGCGUAGUAGAGUAUGGCAUCAUAAGGACUCUUUCAAAAUCUUGACGGAAAAGAAUGGUACGAAAACAAUUGAAGGUCUUGUCCUCGACAUGCACAUGUGCCCUACUAUAAACUCAAAUGAGAAAGUCUUGGAAACCAAUGCAUUUUCACGGAUGCAGGAACUAAAACUACUCCAUCUUAGUCAUGUAAAACUCUGCGGAUGUUACGCAAAAUUUUGUAGUGGACUAAGAUGGUUGUGUUGGCUUGAAUUUCCUUUAGAUUCUAUACCCGUUGAUUUUCCUUUGGGAAGCAUUAUUGUUCUUGAAAUGCAAUACAGCGUAUCUUCCGUCCUUGAAGACCCUUGA